AUCCAAUACAGCUGUAGGGCUAACACAUGCGCAUGAACAUGGCAUAGCGGCACAGCGUUUUACACUCUCAGAGAGGAACAUGGCGACGGUUAGCACUUUAGUGUGAAAGGGAUGGGGUUCGGGUUGGACAAAGGCGAUACAGCUUCAUUGAUCGACUCGGUUCUACCCUAAGGCAUGCAAAUGUCAAAAAGCAGCCACAUUUAAAGCUUUUGAGUUAAUUAUAAACAUGCACUACAAGCCGUAUGCAUAGGAAUUCCAAGGGACGACAACCAGGUAGGUCAUUUCCAACAGCCUUGGGUAUGAACAUCAACAAAUAUAUAUUUCUUCAAUCGGUAUAGCUUAACCCUGGCUGUUAGCGUUGCUGAAGUUUGUUAGGAUACAACGAGCCCCUUCCUAAAAAGCUUACCUUUAUUCGGUUUUUAGCUUGGAGGAUGCCAUUAUUACCCAUACGUAUACACGCAGCGUUAUGAGCUCAUGAUCUGCGGGUCCAGCAGCGCCUUGGACCAUUUUGGCAAGCUGGAGCACGUAAAUAUUGCGCUUGCGGAAGCACAUGAUCAGGUUUUACAACUUCAAGCUCUUGGAUCCCUCAGCUGUUUUUACAAGCGAAAAUGCCUGGAUUUGGUGACCUCGGCGAACUAUUCCCUUGGCUGCCUUGCGCGGGCACAACGGGCCGCGUUCGUGAACCCAGCACAAGUACUGGAUGGAGCAAAGCGCCUGACUCAUGCGGCCGGGCAUGCCUGCAAGAUAUUGCGGCCAUGUGCGGCCGCACGUGAGUCCCAGUGGCACCACAUCUUGACAGCUCUGCGACGCCACGCCCUCUGGCAGCUCAUCAGUGAUGCGCAGCACGAGAUCGAGAG